AUGAAGGGAACCAAAUGCUCAAUGCAGACAACACGUUCUCGACAGCAAUCAUUUCAUCACGCUGGUGUCGUGAUGUAUUUUAUUUGUGCGCAAUUGAUGAUAUCCAUUGAUUCAGCAGCUCUUGUGGACGCUGCGGCCGUCGGAGUGGCCAUCGAAGACAAAGUGACGCUACCGUCAAGAAACGAAGCGACAAACCCGUUAAAAGAACCGACGCCCAGCACGCUGCAGGGGGCAUUCUUAAGCGGCAACCUGACAGACGUCACCAACGGUAGCACCAGCACCCCGCCGGCCGAGGUGUCCAUCACGUCCACGACCGCGGCUGCGGCCGCCGAAACGGUUUGGAACGUGCAGACGGCUGCAGUGGCCACCCUACCAGCCGAUGGACGCAACGUGUCGGCAAUGGCCACCAAAUUGGAGCCGGUCACCACUAACAGACCGCUGGAAUCGUGGACGGACGUCGUUCACACAAGCACCGAACAACCGUCGUCGUCUCAGUCGUUGUUGCAGUCGUCUUUUUCGUCUGUGGUUGACUCGGCCACUCAAGAAGUGAUCCGCGGAGGCGAUUACGGUCAUGACCUGAACAACAAGAAUCUUGUGGCCAACAUGCUGAAAAGCUGGUUUAACCACAAAGAUGACCCUGCCACGCCCGGUGCGGCCAGCAACAAAGGAUAUUAUACAAUGGCGACCAAAUAUGUGAUCAAGAACGGUGGUAAAGAAAAAGAAAGUGGGCCAACGGGCAACGGCAUUGAAGAAGAUGGGCCCGGUGCUGUCCCGGCACCGUCAUCCAAAGCGGUUACGGUGGCCGUCGUGGCAGGCAACAAGAGCUUGUUCGAGCGAUGGGACGAGGCGAGUGAGGAACAGGAACGCGUGCUGGAGGACGCUAUGCGUUCCGAAGGACCUACGGGUGAUGGUGAAGGCGGAGGCAAUGGCGGUGGCUCAUCGUCGUCAGUGUUGGCCGCCGAUCAGAACACUCCCAGCCGGUGGUUCGUGUUACUGUUGUCCGGUAACUCGACCGUGGCGCAGAUGCGGCGCACUGAUUUCGCAAAGUACCUCAAGCUAAACCUUGCGGCCAGGCUGUCGCUGGAAUACGACGAGGUCAAGAUCAACCGCGUGUUGGUCGUCCCUCCUCGUCUCAUGGUCAACGUCAGCGUGGUCCCCGUCUCUGAACGGACCUCGUCGGUCGCUGCUGCGGCCGCUGUCGCCGCUGCUGCGUCAUCUUCGUUUUCGUCCUGGUCGCCAUCGGCCUCUGACAAGACGUCAGCGGCUAUCUCCGAUCGGGUGGUCGAGGAUGACGACCCUCUGCACAAUCUGGUCGAAACCAAUGCCACACUCAUGGAACUGUCCGGAGAAGAAUAUCGGGUUAGUAGAAUAGUUGUACACAACUCUAAUUAUACUAGUUAUUUUGGUGAAACAUUUUAA